CAAGCUUGAAGGUCUUUAGGAUUUCGACGCUUCUGUUGUCGGGUCGUGCCGAUUAGCUGCACCAGAGUAGUUGUGGGGGGUUUUUAUUUUCUUUCUAAAAGGAUUUACUUGUAAUUUGACGACGUGAGUCGCUAUGGCGCCCAAGCCGGUUCGAGCGAGUCGCAAAACAGAGCUUGUGCGGGGCAUCGGCCGCAACGGCAGAUCCAAGACCUACCACAAGCGUGGUCUGUGGGCCAUCAAGGCCAAGAACGGUGGCAAGUUUCCCAUUCAUGAGAAGAAGGCGGUUGCUGAAACUCCCGCUGUUCGUGCUCCCAAGUUCUACCCCGCUGACGAUGUAGCCAAGCCCCUGCACAAGAACAAGGUCAUCAACCCUCCCAAGUUGAGGUCAAGCAUCACUCCAGGGACCGUUCUGAUUUUGUUGGCUGGCCAAUUCAAGGGCAAGAGAGUUGUGUUCUUGAAGCAGUUGGAAUCCGGGCUCCUAUUGGUUACGGGACCAUUUAAGGUGAACGGUGUCCCGUUGAGAAGAGUGAACCAGGCCUACGUUAUUGCCACCUCAACUAAGUUGGAUGUGUCAUCUGUUGAUGUUACCAAGUUUUCCGACGCUUACUUCAAAAGGGAAGUCACCAAGAAGAAGAAGGGAGAGACUGAAUUUUUUGAAGCUGAAAAAGAGAAUGAAGGAAACACCUUACCAGAGGAAAAGAAGGAGGAUCAGAAGGCAAUUGAUGCCAAGCUCAUCCCUAUUAUUGAAGCAGUCCCAGAAUUGAAAGCUUACUUAGCUGCCAGGUUUAGCUUGAAGUCUGGUGUCAAGCCACAUGAGCUUGUGUUUUAAGAAACCACAAUUCUCGGUUUAGUGCAGCGACAAAUGGCUGAUGUCUCAUAAUCCAUAUAAGUUUGUUAUAUUACCACUCCUGUGUGGUUUGAUGUCUA